AUGAUCUUGCUGGGCGCUGAGAAUCAGAUUAUCCGCGAUGUGCUCACGAAUAAGUUUGCGGCGCCUGGUGCCGUAGACCAAAUGUUCACAGACUUUGAUGGCGUGUCGUACCAUAUGGAGUCAAGCAAGGAAGGACCGCUAACACUCUCUAUGGACAUUCGUUGCUGGCCGGAGCUCGCGCAGUAUGGUGCGAUGGAGAGCUUGCGUCAGAUCUAUGGAACGUGGAUUCGCGACGUGCCCGAGCCGGACUAUCAAAUCACACUCUCCUUCGACUAUGGGUCUGUGCCACCAGCAGGCGCUGAUCGUGAGACGCUGAUUCAUGCUGUAUCCAUGCUGAAGCGCAAUGCUAUGGCAGCGCCGUUUGAGCGGGCGUUCCGCGAACAGGCUGAGUUGGAGCAGAAAUAUGAGCCGGGCAGUGCACAUCCUUCUGGCGAGCUUCUGUCGUUACACUAUCGAGCUGACGAGUCGAUGUACAUCCUCCCUGCCCAUGACCGCGUGACAGUGGUCAUUAGCACACGCUUUGAAGAAGAGGCCGAUCGCAUCUUUGGCAAGGUAUUUCUUCAGGAAUUCGUCGAUGCUCGCCGACAGCCGUCGAUCCAAAAUGCGCCGCAGGUUCUGUACUCGAAUCGCGAGCCGCCACUCGAAGUACGCGGUGUAGUGCCAGCGAGCGUGUCUGAAAACACAGGCUAUGUCACGUUCGUGCUAUUCCCCCGCCAUUUCCAGCAUCCGGACGUUCGUGCGACGACAAUCUCGCACAUCCAACUCUUCCGCGAUUAUUUGCACUAUCACAGUAUGUAUCGAUUGCACGCCACCGUCUCGACACGCAGUACUGACGCCGACACCCUUUUCUUUUUGCACGACCACUUCUAG